UACUGCUUAAUUUAUUGUUUAAACAAGCAUUUCGACAUGAAAGUGUUAUUAGUAUUUUUUAUUACCGUCUCGGUUUUUAUAUCCGUUACGCGAUCAGAAGACAUAUACAAGGAUUGUGGUGAAAGCAUCAAGUGUUCGGAAGAUAAACUCAUCAAAAUUAUCGACCGUAUUGAUUCCGAACCGAAACUUGAAAUAUUAGAUGGAUCUAUUGUUUUAGAGAAGAAGGAUAAUGUUGGUGAUUUAGUUCAAUCACGAGCUAACGAAGAUAUUUUCGACAGAUUAAUUAGAUUCCUAAGAAGUCAUGAGUUGAAAAUUGGAAUUCCAGAAAGUGAAGGAAAUAAUAUAGAAGCCAGAAAGAGUAAACUGAAGAAGUUCAUCCUACCUCUACUUUUAAUUUUAAAAUUAAAGGCAGCCAUAAUUAUCCCAGCUGUGCUUUCGUUGAUUACGUUGAUAUCGUUCAAAGGACUAGGAGCUAGCAUUAUGGCUUUAUCGAUUGCCGGAGCGACCGGAUUGAAGAGUUUAUUGGAGUCUCAUCACGGUCACAGAGUAAGUUAUGAAGUUGUACCUCAGAUUCAUGCUCCUUUAUGGAACAGAGCUGGAAUUGAAAAUUAUCCUUUUGGACAGGGAUACCACACCAUAUGA